AUGCCACGAAAUCGGAAAAAACACGCAGCCGCCGACAACUGGCAACAGAACAACGAUCAGUCCGAUGAUGAAACAUCGAACGAUAAUGCGAGCACGUACUCGUGCCAUUCGGAGACGCAGCUAGCGGACGGUCACAACGGUAGCAUCGAGUCGGGCGAGUCCGGUGAAUCCGGUAGCGGCGGGUUCGAGAAGUACGAGGAGAAGCUGCUGCAGGCGAUCGAAAAUGUGUCGGACAAGGCGCAGCAGACGCGCAUCAACGCGUUCCAGACGAUCAACGAGGUGCUGGUGCACCACUACAUCCCGGACUUUCUGGACGAUCGGAAGGUGACGCUGAUGGAUGCGGUGGAAAAGUCCCUGCGACGCGGCAAGGGUGUGGAACAGUCGUGGGCGGCCCGCAUCAUACCGCUGCUGGUGAUUCAGAUCGAGGCGCUGGAGGAUAUUGGGGAGCUGGUGACGGUGCUGAAGCCGGUACUGCUCAGCACGGCCCAGGACGGUUCGGCCGCGUACGAUGCCCGGGCGAAGUGUUGUGCUGCGCUCGGGUUGCUGUGCUUCGUCGGUGUGGAUGAUCUCGGCGAGAUACUGCCGCUGAUGAAGGUGCUGCAGAGCCUGUUCGCUGGCAGCUUCCUGAAGGGUGAUAAUAGCCCGAGCGGUGCGAGCAACGAUGCCGGCGCACUGCACAGUGCGGCACUGAGCGCUUGGUCGCUGUUGCUGACACUGUUGCCGCCCGGUGAGUUUGUGGCGCUGAUGGGCGGUGCCGCCGGUACCGGUGUGGUACCGUCCGUAAGCAAUCUGGUCGGCAUGCUGCAGAGUCCGAUACUCGAGGUGCGCAUGGUUGCGGGCGAAACGCUCGCACUGAUGUUCGAGCUCGGCCGGCAGCAUGAUGACGAAUUUCUGGAAGAGGAGCUACCGAUGCUGAUCGAGGCGGCCCAGAAGCUCGCCACCGAUGCGCACAAGUAUCGGGCGAAGCGGGACCGCAAGGUGCAGCGGGCCACGUUCCGGGACGUGCUGCACUAUCUGGAGGAAGACAUUUCGCCGGAAAUCGGCAUCAAGUUUGGCCGGGAGCUGCUGGUGCUGAACACGUGGGCCACCCAUCACCAGUACACGUGUCUGCGGAAUGCGCUCGGGUUUGGCAUGAACGUGCACCUGGCGGAGAACGUGUUUGUGCGCGAGGUGCUCCAGCUCGGCCCGAAGAUGGACGAACCGGAACGGCUACGGAAAACGGUGAAAGCCGAACAGCGGUUCAUAAAUGCGGCCGCGUUCAAGGCGCGCACGAUUUCGCGCGGCAAAAAUCGCGACAAACGAUCAUUUGCGCUUAAUUAG